AAAUACAACUUUGCCCCCUUGUAUAACAAAUAACUAUUUCUUGAUUGCCGCGUCUUUCUUUUGCCGGAAAUGGCUUUUAUAUGAAGAAUAUUUAUUAUUUUUACGGUGAAGUAAAAACCGGUGAUUUGAGUUGCGAUGAUGACAACUCUAUUUAAUUUUACUGUCAUGAUGUCAUCUGUCACUGUCAUUGAGCAUUGAGGACUGCGUCAAAACCACUGAAAUAAUGGUCAAAACUGUCAAAAGUUCGAAGGUUCUUCGAUAAAUUACAUCGAUUCGCUGCCGUUUUUUCAUUGCGCAUUCAGUAUUAUUAUAAUUAAUUACAUUCACAUUCAAAGCUGCUACGUUUUCUCAUGAAAAUCGGAAACAACUCCCAUUGCGUAACAUGAUAGACGGAAUUUUGAUCUGCGUGUGUCUUUACACUGCCGCGUUACUCCUACUUGGAAGUGCGCUGACGGCGGGCCUACUAGUGGUUCACGUAGCUGUGGUGCCACUCGUCUUUAGAUACUCUAAGACCUUCCGUCGGAGCCUCAUCUUUGCCAACUUUGUACAAUGGCCUCUGCACAUCGAUCAUGAAGACCCAGCAUCAUCCGGCAUAGACGGAGCCAGAAAUCUCAGCAUCGAGUACCAGUCUAAAGUUGACAACUGUCCUAUCAAGAUUGGAGUAUGGCACAUCCUCCCAAAGAGUGUGUACGACCGCCUUAAGCAGCACUUCUCCGAAGGCUCCGAUAAAGAACAACUGCAGAAGCUGAUGGAUGAGGAACUGGCCAACUCCAAGACUCCCAUCAUGCUGUAUUGCCACGGGAACUCGAAUUCUCGAGCGGCGUCGCACAGGAUUCAGCUCUACAAGUUCUUUCAGCAGAUGGACUUUCAUACCAUUGCCUUCGAUUAUAGAGGCUAUGGUGAUUCUACCAACAUUCCCCCCAGCGAGAAUGGCGUAGUAGAGGACUCGCUCAUUGUGUAUGAGUGGUUAAGGAACACUGUUGACAAGGGGAGCAAACCUAGCAUCUUUGUGUGGGGACAUUCUUUAGGUACAGGAAUAUCGUCGCACCUCCUCGGCAACCUUCCCGAGUUGUCAUCUGUGCUGUUGGAGCGCUCCGCUUUACCGUUACCAGACGGGCUCAUACUGGAAGCACCUUUCAACAACUUAGCGGAUGAAGUAGCACAUCAUCCUUUAUCUAAGCUAGUGGCGUGGCUGCCGUACUACUCGGACACGUUCGUCUCGCAGUUCGUGUCGCGCGCCGAGCACUGCUUCCGCUCCGACGCGCACCUGGCGCGCGCGCGCGCGCUGCCCGUGCUCAUCCUGCACGCCAGGGACGACGUCAUAGUGCCCUACGUGGUCGGGGAAAAAUUAUACGAAUCAAUCCGGCAGUCUCGCGGCGAGAACGACGCGCCGGUGAUUCUCCACUCGUACAACAAAAGCGAGAAUCUCGGCCACAAGUGGAUCUGCAACGCUAAAGAUUUACCUGAAGUCAUAGGAAAAUUCGUGACAACCCAUCGAUCUUCGAAGUGAACGCCAAACAAUGAAGCUAAAUAAUAUUGCUUUAGUCACAAAUGUCACUAAUCGGGUACUUAUAUGUCAUUUAGAUACUGAGAUUUUAUUUUUAGUCUGUUGUUUCAAUAAUAAUGCAUAAUAUUUAAUAUUAAAAUUAUGCAUAGUGAUAUCAAUGUUACUCACAUAGUGAUAUGAAAUUCCAUUGUAAUCAAAUAUUGAUUGCAUUAGAUGAUUAGUCGCCAUCAGAUAUAUCCGAACGGCCGGGGCGUUCAAAAAUUUCUGAACACCUUGACAAUAAAAGCUCGGUUGUACAUGCGCGUUUUGAGAGCUUUCGCGGAGCGUUAGCGGAGCGCAAUGAUAGCGGUGCGCCGGCGGGAACGAGCGUAGAUUCCUCUCCGCUAACGCUAUGCUAUGAAAACGCUUUAUGUGUGGCGGAGGCUCAAAGGCUUGUCCUUUUCAAUAUCAAAAUACCUGUAGAAUUGAACGAACCUGUUGUAAAAUAGUUUAUUUCUAAAAUGCUUUGCUAAAAACUGUUUUGUCAAGUAUAUAUUGGCUGAUUUUGGUAUUAUUGUAAUACUCGGUAGUUUAUUUUUCGAUGUUUUUUAUUUUAGCCGCAUAAUCUUACCUAACACUUAAGUACAGUCGCAUGCGGUUACCUACAUCUACAUACUUCACGAACAAAAAUACCCACAGUCUGUAUUUUCAGGUAUUAAAAUAAAUGUUAUCAAAAUCUACCCUCAAAUGGGUCAAUCCACGGCUAGAGUAACAUGAGUCACGAUUUUAUGGCAUGUUCCAUUUACUCACGACGCAAGUUCAAGAGAUCUAUCUCUAAAUAAGUGUUACUUUCCAGAUAUAUGCAUAGAUCCUUUCAUUUUCUGCUGUAGUUCAAAUAAACACUCGAUGAAGUCGUGACUCACGUUACGUUACUUUAACGUGGAUUCACCCAAAUAGCUCUCUCAGCCAGUUGAGGUUAAAUGACAUUACACGACC